AUGGCGUCCCUGGUAGAGGUCUUUAUGGGAUCAUAUUCUUCUUCAGCACCGGUGGACUGGGAGGCAGAGGCCUACCCGGAGUACAGUGAGGCCUUGCCUGACUACGCCUUGCUCCCCCUACUCGUCGCCUUCUUCCCCGCCUUGCGCUUGAUCCUCGAUCAAUUCGUCUUUGAGGUGUUAGCAAGACGACUUAUAUUUAGAAAGGGACAUGACAAGAUUGCUGAAAUACAUGAAAGGAGAAACAAAAUCCACAAAUUUAAAGAAUCAGCCUGGAAAUUUGUUUAUUUUCUUUCGGCGGAACUAUUUUCAUUAUCUGUGACAUACAAUGAGCCAUGGUUCACAAAUACAAGAUACUUUUGGGUAGGGCCCGGCGAGCAGCUCUGGCCUAAUCAAAAGAUGAAGCUGAAGCUUAAGGCUGUAUACAUGUUUGUUGCUGGAUUUUACAUAUAUUCUAUCAUUGCACUUCUGAUCUGGGAAACAAGGCGAAAGGACUUCGGAGUUUCCAUAUGUCACCAUGUGGCAACUGUUGUUCUAAUUGUUAUGUCCUAUAUUUGCAGAUUAUCUCGUGCUGGGUCAGUCAUUUUAGCCAUCCAUGAUGCAAGUGAUAUAUUCGUAGAGAUAGGAAAGAUGGCCAAGUACAGUAGCUGUGAGUGGCUAGCUGCUGUGGCAUUUCUAUUUUUUGUGGCUUCUUGGAUCCUUCUUCGGCUAAUAAUUUUUCCUUUAUGGAUCCUAGGAAGCACAAGUUAUGAAGUAGCUAUGAUCCUGGAAAAGGACAACAACAAAAUCUACAGAAGCUCAUAUUACUAUCUUUUCAACACUCUCUUGUUCUCACUUCUAGUCUUUCACAUAUAUUGGUGGGUAUUGAUUUAUAGGAUGCUUGUCAAACAAAUCCAGUCCAGUGGGCAUGUUGGUGAGGAUGUUCGAUCCGGUCAGUUACUCUUUUCUUGCUCAUUUCCUCGGUGUUACAUUUAUUUUCUUUCUCAGCAGCAUCUUCUUAUGUAUUUCUUAUAAGUUAUCCCUGCUAUCAAACAGAUUCUAAGGCGAAAAUGAUCAUGAAGAUUAAUCUGUAGGUUGUUGGAUGCUUGAAGAACUAUAUAUGAUGUCUCUUGUUUGGAAUGAGAAUUGUGCAAAAGGGUUGUAUAAAGAAUAAUAAUGUCAAGGAGGAACCAGUUAGCAUGUCGAUUAGGAGGAAAUUAUGUUACAAGAACAAAAUUGAAAAGGCUCAAAUCUCGGUGUCACUAGAACAAUUAUCCUUGAUACGAUAUCAUUCAGGAUCUUGAGGCAUAAAUCAAACAUUGUAAAUUUUCUCUCCCAAUACAUGUCAAAAUGUCAUUGUAGAAAUAUUGAGAGUCUCCAAGUUAAAAAAAACUAUCUUUUAUCCGACUUGAUUGAAAUUAAGUGGUGCGAGUGUGAACCAUCAUGUUUUGCUUUUUUGUUCCAUCUUUUUUCUGCGUACCACUACUCGAAUCACUGAA